GACAACUAGCGAGGCCGAGGACUGGACAGUCAGUCAGCAGUUGUAGUUUAAGGCGUUCAACCCCCCUCUCAAGGCUUUUCGAAGUAGCUAUAGCUUUGAGUGCAGCAUUAUUAUCCGUAACUACCAAGAACACAUCUAACCCCCUCCAAGAAAAGGACUCGCCAGAAGAAAAAAAUUCCCAUCUUCUCUGGCCUUUGUUUCCGAUACCACAUUCGUUUCUUGGCUCGCCGGUUCUUUUGUCGAGACUGCUUCUGAAUCAGACAGGCUGCCAAAAAAUCCCUCGUUUUUUCAAAUGGGAAUCUCUUCCUCGUGUCCGUUCUCGGACUACAGCGACUUGGAGAAUCAAUUCGAAUCAGUCAUUGUGAAAUCCGUAAGUUUUGGAAAAGACCAUGAGAAAACCCCAGUGAGAUCCAUCAGUUUCAAUGGUCGAGACUGCGAACCCACCAUCGUGAAAUCCCUGGGAUCUGGAGAGACAAUAGUUGAGGGAUCUAUUAGUUUCAAAAGAAGGGAGUCGCGAACCGUUAUCUCAAUUGGGGCUCCUCUCUCAAAUGAAAAGAAGGAUGUCACUUUUGCAAUGGAAAAUGCCAAAGAAAUGGUCAACGAAUCCCAAAAGUUGAAUAGUUCCAUGUGGGUAUCUCAAGAAUUGCCUCCUGUUGAUCCCGACAGCCCAAAACAUGAGGCCGCCGUGAAACUGCAGAAAGUUUAUAAAAGCUUUCGGACAAGACGAAAGCUAGCAGAUUGUGCGGUGCUUGUGGAGCAGAGCUGGUGGAAGCUCUUAGAUUUUGCUGAACUGAAGCGGAGCUCUAUAUCUUUCUUCGAAUUGGAGAAGAACGAAACCGCCAUUUCCCGUUGGUCAAGAGCAAGAACUAAAGCUGCUAAGGUCGGCAAAGGCUUACUGAAGAACGAUAGAGCUCAGAAACUUGCAUUGCAACACUGGCUAGAAGCUAUUGAUCCACGUCAUCGUUAUGGACAUAGCCUUCACUUUUACUACGUUAAAUGGUUGGAUUGUCAAAGUAGAGAACCCUUCUUUUACUGGUUGGACAUAGGCGAAGGGAAGGAGGUCAAUCUCGUUGAUAAGUGCCCAAGAUCCAAACUUCAGCAACAGUGCAUCAAGUAUCUCGGUCCGAACGAAAGGAAGGCACAUGAAGUUAUGGUCGAGGACGGAAAGUUCCUUUACAGGCAAACCGGGAACCUCCUCCACACAGUUGAUGGACCCACGGACACCAAGUGGAUUUUUGUACUCAGCACAUCUAAGACACUGUAUGUCGGUAAAAAGAAGAAGGGCGAAUUCCAGCAUUCCAGCUUCCUGGCUGGAGGCGCCACUUCUGCUGCAGGGAGAUUAGUUGUUGAAAAUGGAACCUUGAAGGCAGUUUGGCCUCAUAGUGGCCACUAUCGUCCUACACAAGAGAACUUUGAUGAGUUCAUUUUGUUUCUCAAAGAGAAUGAUGUGGAUAUCACAAACGUGAAGAUGAGUCCAGUGGAUGAUGAAGAAAGCUGUACUAGCCAGCAAAGGAGCAGCGUGCACGUAAGGAACCAUUCAUCCGGGCAGGAAAUAAUGCAAAGUGUGCAAGUGUCAGGGACCGACAAGAUAGAUGUCCAAAACUUGACUCAGGAUUUGAUGGAGGAAGAGACUGUUGCCACCUCCAAAUCAAGGCAGUUUGGUAACUUCUGGAAAAAGCUGACUGAUGAUGAAAUAUCAGCGGAUGGCAAACUGUCCGGAAGACAAGGGAACGGUGACCUGCCGGAUGGAUCCUGUCAAGACACUUUCUUGCAGAGAUCCAAAGUCAAAGGUCAGGAAGCAGAGGAAGAAGUACAUGCUUCGGCACCAGAUUGCAUCGUCCCAGAGCCUAUCCUUCAUGCUGAAGGGGCAGAGAGUUUAGCAAUAUCAGUUCAAGUAGAGAAAGUCGUAGAAAGGCCUUCACAUAACAGACCGAAGUCGCUGCAAUUGGGAAAGCAGUUGUCCUGCAAAUGGACUACAGGAGCCGGGCCACGCAUUGGCUGCGUGAGGAACUAUCCUCCGGAGCUCCAGUUCCGAGCUCUAGAGGAAGUGAACUUGUCUCCUCGAAGCCUGGAUCCUUCUAGACCGCUUUUCUCCCCUCGAACCGCUAGUGGACUAAGCUCGGUGACAUCACAGGCAACACCAGCCAUGGAACAACAGUGAACUCGCUCGCGGCGGGUAAAGAAGUCCUCCCCUAUUUCAGUGAGGCACAUCGGUCGAUCCAUUUUCUUAGUCAUAUGACAUUCUUGCUUCGUUCAUUCUUUUCUGUGAAUAGAGACUGAUACAUGUUCUAUCCAAUAGAAGAAAGAGAAGUGACAAGAAAACGAAAACAGAACAAUAGGCAUGAGAAGUGUUGUAUAGGGAUGUUGUGACAAUCCUCCCGUGCAUUUCGGGCACGCGAUGUUCCAAUUCAUGUUGUAUACGCGCUUAAAACGCUAUAAUUUCACGGUCUCGAUGCCCUUAAAGAAAGGCAACGCUUCAUC